AAGGUCAAAAGUUUAGCGGGAAUCAACAUGGCGAGCGACAUGACAUCUAGCGUCACAGCACCGGACUCGGUGCAAUGUCCCGUUUGUUUUAAAGACUUUAAACCUGCUACAAUUAACGGACACCUCGACGCGUGUCUGAUGAAAAGCGACAGCAGUCAGUCCACAAUGAACGAGAGCGAGCCUCCUUUAAAGAAAACCCGCAUCAGCGCCGAAGCUGAACCACCCAGUCCCAGUGUCAACAAAAAUCUGGCCAGCUCCUCCUGCGUGGCUGGGACGCCUUCAUCUUCGGUAUUUUCUCUAUUUCAGGCCAAUAAGAGUAAAGUUUCAGUUCAAAGUGAACGAGGCGGGAUGUUUUCAAGUAAACAAACUGCUGCCGCUGCUGUCAACAAGGGAGGUAAAAUGAACUUGCUGAGCGAGGCAGAAGCUGGACCAGCAGGUACUGAGAAUCUAAAGAGCCAACCCACAGGAUCAAACGGACAGACUUUGAAGUCAUCAAAUGAUGUGUCGCCACGGACGCUGCUAACAAUAGACAAGCCUUUGGCUGAGAUACUGAGACCAAACACACUGGAGGAAUACUUCGGUCAAAGUAAAGUUGUAGGCCAGCAGACACUCUUCCGGUCACUGCUGGACUCCCAGGAAAUACCAUCCCUGAUCCUCUGGGGGCCACCUGGAUGCGGAAAGACCACUCUAGCUCACAUAAUUGCUAGCACCAGUAAAAAGAAGGGAACAGCUCGUUUUGUCACUCUGUCCGCCACCAGCACGUCCACCAAUGAAGUCCGGGAGGUGAUUAAGCAGGCGCAGAAUGAGCUCCGACUGUGCAAGAGGAAGACCAUCCUGUUCAUUGAUGAAAUUCACCGCUUCAACAAAUCCCAGCAGGACACCUUCCUUCCUCACGUGGAGUGCGGGACGGUCACUCUGAUCGGGGCAACCACAGAAAAUCCGUCCUUCCAGGUGAAUGCCGCCCUGCUGAGCAGGUGCAGGGUGCUGGUUCUGGAGAAGCUCUCUGUGGAGGCGAUGGGCUCGAUCCUGGACAGGGCCGUGGCCACGUUGGGGAUCAGAGUCCUGGGACGAGAUCCAGCAAAUCCCAAAGAUGAAGACCAAUCAGAUGGACACGAGCCAAAGAUUUUCAUUGAACAAAAAGCUCUGAACACCAUAGCCUACCUUUGUGAUGGUGACGCAAGAGCAGGACUCAAUGGUCUGCAGCUUGCUGUUCAGGCUCAGGUGAGCUUGUCCCGGCCCAAGUCAUUAGGACAAGAUGGUUCUCGGGAAAUACUGGUGACGGAGGAGCACAUCAAGGAAGGUCUUCAGAGGUCCCAUAUUCUCUACGAUAAAGCUGGUGAAGAGCAUUACAACUGUAUCUCGGCGUUACAUAAGUCUAUGAGAGGCUCCAAUGAGAAUGCGUCUCUCUACUGGCUGGGCCGCAUGCUGGAGGGCGGUGAGGAUCCUCUCUAUGUGGCCCGCAGGCUGGUCCGCUUUGCCAGUGAGGAUGUGGGUAUGGCAGAUCCCUCGGCUCUUCCUCAGGCUGUGUCCGCCUUCCAAGCCUGUCACUUCAUCGGGAUGCCUGAAUGUGAGGUGAUCCUGGCUCAGUGUGCGGUUUAUCUGGCAAGAGCACCCAAGUCUGUGCAGAUCUACAAGGCCUAUGCUAACGUGAAGGCCUGUUUGAGGAACCACAAAGGUCCCCUACCGCCUGUCCCCUUACACCUUCGCAACGCCCCCACCAGGCUGAUGAAAGAAGUGGGCUAUGCUAAAGGCUACAAAUACAAUCCAGCCUUCAGCGGCCCAGUAGAGCAGGAGUACUUACCUGACGAGCUGCAGGGAAUCGACUUCUUCACCUGGACUCCUUCAGAGCCAUGACGAUCUGUUGUAAUGACUUGCUGCAGCGUGUUGAAAACCAAGGCGGGUGAAUGAAAACAAUCUUGUCCGAUGAUCAGUUGUUGGGAUAAAAAGUACAUUUUAUGUACUGUAGCUGCUAAUCCAAAGUCAACCAUCAUGUUCUGUUCAAAUUUCUUAACAAUUUUACUUUAGUCUGUUUUUGAGUACUUUAUAAAAGAUAAACAAACCAUAUACACUUAAUUUACUUCUAGAUAUGUUCAUAAUAAAGUCCAUUCCAGUCCAUUCAAAUUAAUAACAAAAAAUGUAUAAUAAAUAUACACAGUAUGUCUUUGUAUUUCCAUAAUAGAUCUUUCAUUUUUUAUAGUGUUAAAUAUGUUUUUGUUUCUUUGUUCUGUCCUUUUUUUCCAGCAUUGUUUAACCUGAUUAAAAUGUUUGUUUCUUUAUGUUGUUAUCUGUAUAUAUGUUUGAUUAAAUACAAGAGAAAUAUAGUAUGAAAAUGUCAUUAACACAGUUUAUUGAUCAGCCACUUCUUCAGUUGUGGAAAUGUCUUCAGUUUUGGGCCAUGGUCUGAAGGGAAAAAACACAGGAUUAAGCCUCUACACUUCAUACAUAGCAGAUAUUCACUAUGUCGUCAUGUAAAGUGAUUGCGUAUUGCUAUUUAUGUGGCUUCCCUCACCGCACUGAUCCAGGGGAUGAAACUGGCCACCCGGGUAAAGACUGUGGGCUUCCGAGGGGUAUUACAGCCCCGUCCGUCAACAAAACUUGUCACUCCUUGUACAUACCACUUACCAUCGCUGCCCUUACAGUUCAGAGGGCCUCCAGAGUCGCCCUGAAAGACAAUGGAAGAUAUUAGAGCAAUUCAGAACAGUGUUUGUUUCACACAAAGCAUGCCGUUGUUUGUGUUGUUCCUCACAUGGCAUGCUGACUUGCUCUCUCCUCCUGCACAGACCAUUGUUGUCUUUGCUGAGCUACCCCACCAGUCACUUUGACCACAGACACUGUGAUCCACCACAGGCAGUAGGGCCUGCUGUAGUGUAGUUGCCAAAGGACCACUAGCUAAAGAGAAAAUCACAAAAGAGCAACUGGUCACUUAAAUAAUAUUUGAUACAUUUCUGCAGGUGUCAGAGCAAUGACAUAUUUUGAUUUGCACAAAGGUGCACUACACCCCUCAUGAGCUGAGUGUUAGCAGACUGGGUGGCAGGUCUUAGAGUAGAGACGACCCCAGCCUGUGACAUGGCAGGGCUGGUUGUGGGCAAGAGAAACACCAUUCUGUGGCAGGCAAGCCAGCUGAACUUUGUCAUUGAUAACAGCACUUUUCUCCAGCUUAAGUAGGGCAAUGUCAUUCCUACAUAACAGGAUGAACACACAAAAUGUCCACAUGUCAAUAAUUAUAUAGUUUAAAUUGCUUAGAGAGUACUUAACUGUGUAGAUGGUGUAUUCAUUUACAUUUACAAAACUUCUAUUUACUCAGCUGCUGUUCAACAGAAAUUCUCAGGCUUGGCACCUUUUUCAAAGACAUAUUUACUGUGUUUCUUAAUAAUCUACCACAGAGCUGGAGUGGUUAUGUUGAUGACAACCUACCCACAAGACACACAGUUAUCGUUCCAUUUGGGAUGGAUGAACAUUUUUGCCACCAUUAUGGACUGUUCAGGUCCCUCCUCCUUGUUCAUGUCAUGCUCAGCAAGAACCACCCUGUACGUGUGAAAUCUGAAUUGGAAAAUAAAAAACUAUAUGUCUUGUUAA